GAGUCCGGCAAAGUGUCGAACUGAAGACUGAAGUGAAGAGGAAGUACUUUUUUUUAAUUUUAGAAAUGGAAAUAUAGAAAAUGAUACUUUAACUUCCAGCUGCCGAGCAGAGGGAGAAGCCAGCCAUGCCCGCCCAACCCCCUGUGAGGGAGCCGGAGGAGGAGAUGGAGGCAGAAGGAGAGUCCCAACUCCCUGAGGCCAACGGAGAGGUGGAGCAACUGAGAGAGGAUGAAAGAGGAGGUGGAAGAGGAGACGAGACCAUGGAGGACAGUGCAGAGGAGCGGGAUAGCGACUUGGAGGAUAGUGAAGAGGAGGAAGAGGAGGAGGAAGAGGAGAGUUCAGAGAUGGACGAUGAAGACUGUGAGCGGAGGAGAGGAGAAUGUCUAGAUGAGAUGCUGGAUCUGGAAAAACAAUUUCAGGAGCUGAAGGAUAAGUUGUUCCGGGAGCGGCAGAACCAGAUGAAAGUGAAGCUGGACGAGGUGCUGACAGGGAAGGCUGGAGAAUACAGAGAACCACUGGUUGCACUACAGGAAAGCAUGCAGAUACGAACACAAGUGGCUGGAGUGUACAGAGAGCUGUGUCUACAGGUGAUUAAACACAAGUACGAGUGUGAACAACAAGGAGCAAAGCAGCACCUGGAGAGUGAGCGGGCGUUGCUGUUUGAUGCCAUGAAGACCGAACUGCUGGAGAAGAUAAGAAGACUGGAGGAGGACAGACAGAAUAAAGACAUCACCUCAGAGUGGAGUGAUGAGAAGGGCAAGAAGUGUAAAAGAAAGAACCUGCUGGGUGGGUCGGAGAGGAAAAAGAAAGUAGCUCUGGUUUCAGGGCCUUUCAUCGUCUACAUGUUGAGAGACAUCGACAUCCUUGAAGACUGGACUGCUAUCAAGAAGGCCAAAGCAGCACUGUCACCAUUAAAGAAGAAAGUUGAAAAACGGUGAUAAUAGGAGGAUCUUACUGAAGACCAGUGGCGAAAACCAAACUACACACACACACACACACACACACACACACACACACACACACACACACACACACACACACACACACACACACACCAUUCCCAGCUACUUCCACUAACGGUUUUGUCUCCUCGAGACCCAAAAGAUUGUUGUGUUGUUAUUUUCCGUGCUUUUGACCCCGGCAACCAACCACCCGACUGUUUGUUUGUUAUCUAUUGCUAUUUAAAAUACGUUCUUAAUGAUGUGACAACCAUGUAUUUAUAGAAUGAUUUAUAACGGUAAAUUAAAUUUUAAU